UCCCACCCCCCUCCAACCCCACACCGCCAUAGGGUCUACCGCGGGAACCAAAGCACUUCUUCCAUCAGUAUAGCUAAAGCUGUGUGAAGCCUGCGGCCCACCUGAGCUGGCACACAGUGAGCCAGGCCAGGGGGUGUGGACACAGCCAACUGCAGAGCCUGUCCUGCGGCAGACCCAGUGAGUGCUCGCUCACUAAUAAGCCGGGGGAGGUUCAGUGGUCAGUGACCUGGGGAGUAUGAAGGAAGUGACCCGGGUUAAGAUGCCAGACCAUGGCCAACUGGUUUGAGGUUAGGGCUAUACAGAACCAGGAAGUGUGACUCAACCCAGACACCCCCCCCUCCCCCCUGCCAAUUCUCUGACCGUUCCAGCCUCCCUGUCUGUCCCAGGCUGUGGCAUCUCGGAGAACAGGAGCCCUCCCAGCCAGGCCCACCUACCUAACCUGGCCCAGCUGACACUUCAAGGCAGCCCUGUGUGGCUCAGCCCUUUCCACACAGGGGGGACCCCAAAGAAGGCGCAGGUGACCCAAGAGAAAGGACUGGAGCAAGGCAGGACCGGAGGCAGCAGGACGUUGGCCCUCAACUGCUCCCUCCUGCCCUGAGGCUAUGGGAGUAAAUCCAGGAAGAUGAGAAACUGUCAGGCCGAGGGGAGAGCAGCUCCCCCCUUUCCGAGGUAAGGCUGCCCUGCAGAGCAAACCUCAGAGGCACCCUGGCGUGCCCUGAGCCCAGCCGAGGGAGGGGCCAGCCCUUUAUAGGCAUGGGGCUGCUUCCCGUUAACACACCCUCUGCCUCUUCCCCCUCGUACCUGCAGGCUUGGCUAAUGAGGGCCUGUCACCAGGCCCCAGGACUGAGUCACCCACACUAGUGACAGGUCUCUCUUCCUUCCCCAACAACUGUUCCACAUGCCUGCCUUUCAUUUAAUACCCACCCUCCUGGGGCCCCUCCCUUGCAGACACUUGGGGGGCUGGAGGGAGUUAGGGCCCCGGGCAGAGAGGCUGCAGGGGGAAAAGGAAGCAACAGUGGUGACACACAAAGCAGGGCUGCCCCCAGAGAGUCCUCAGGGAAAUCCAAAGCUCCCCAGUGCCCGGGGGUGUUGGCCACGGCUGGCCCAAUCCCAGCCCGCAGAUGCUGCAAUUACCUAAGAGCAUGAAACCUGGCUUCCCACCUGACUGAGUCACCUGAAAACAACAAUCCCCACUGCCACGCACCGGCACAAACAGCCAAGCCACUCAUCAGAGUCCGGGCGCUGCGGCGGAGAGGCCAAGUGCAGGGGACGGGAAGGCAAGGCGAGCUCGGGCCCACCCAGAGCGGAGGCCCCCGGGGAAGCAGCCCAGGCUGCUCCAGCACCGCGACAUCCAUCAUUGGCACCUCAGGUGGGGCUGCCCGCCCUCCGACUCCAGUAAGUGCUGCUUCUUCCUCCUGGGGUUUUUCCCCACUGUCCGAUCAAGUAACCAGGCCAAGCCUAUCCCUCUGGGAAACUCCUGUUGCCAGGAACUCCCACCUCUAGGCUCUCCCGGACAAAAGCGCCCUCGUCCCAGGACCUCUUGCUGCCGUCCAAGAUGCUGGCCAAAAGUCUGUGCUUCUAGCCAGGGCUGUCCCCACCACUCUAGCCAGUCACUGCUCCAGCAGGGACCCCAUGGUGACUAGCUACUCUUGAACUGGGCUGCUUGUCUGCUGGCUCCCCUGCGUGCCAUGGAGACCUGGCGGAAAGGCUCCUUCCGCAAUGCCUCCUUCUUCAAGCGACUGAGCCUGGGGCGGCCACGGCGACUCCGGCGACAGGGCAGCGUGCUCAGCCAGGCGAGCACAGCUGGCGGGGACCACGAGGAGUACAGCAACCGAGAAGUCAUCCGGGAGUUGCGAGGGCGGCCAGAUGGCCGGCGCCUGCCUCUGUGGGGGGAUGAGCAGCCCCGGGCCACCCUGCUGGCCCCGCCCAAGCCUCCCCGCCUCUACCGAGAGAGCUCCAGCUGCCCCAACAUCCUGGAGCCCCCGCCCGCCUACUCGGCCACCCUGCCCUCUGCGCUCUCACUGGCGGGCACCCUCCACCACUACUCUGACAAUGACCUUCUGGACACUCCCCCCUUCCAGGGGACACCUGCUCCAGACCUCAGUGAUCCCUUCUUCUCCUUCAAAGUGGACCUGGGGAUUUCACUUCUUGAGGAAGUUCUACAGAUGCUGAGGGAGCAAUUUCCGAGCGAACCUAGCUUCUGAAUGGGGUGUGGGUGG